AUGAACACACCAGUUAUUUCUUCGUGGUCAGUAUACCAUGGUCCUGCAGGAGAUUUUGAUGAUAUGGCCGCGCCACCUUCACGUUUUCUUAACGUGUGUGGUGAUUUUGCAAUGACACCGUCGUUUGGUACAUUCGGUCAAGAUCUUAAUAUAUUUGAUGAUGGUGUUCAAAAACUUUCACAAUCUGAAACGAUGGUUUGCCAUGAAACGCAAAAAAAAGACGAUUACUAUGUUAACGCUGCGCACUUCGACUCCUUAGCACCUAAUAAUCCGAUUCUAAUCGUUAAUAAUUCAACCGCUACUAUUCCUGCACCGAGUCCCAUCGUUACUUCUUACUCUUCUCAUACGUCAAAUCUCAGAGAGAAUCCUUUGAUGACGGCACCGACAGUUGUAUCAAUCCACUCCCCUACUCCAAGUUUGGUAACUGAUGAUGACCAAGAUCAUCAUCAUCAAGAAGCUUUAUGUAGAGACAUCCAAAAAAAUGCACAGAAUGAAUUAGUAUUUCAAUCUCGAUCUCCAAGAAUUGUUCAAAAUCAUCUCAAAAAUGAUCAAAAUGUUUUAAACGGUCAGGAACCGCUCAAACAUCCAUCUCCGAAUGACGUCUAUUGCAAUUCUACAAAGAAACUCGGCGGGCAUUUAUCAGCGGCUAAAUCGGUUAAACCAGACGACGCUAAUGCUAUCGAUGAACUGAACUCUACUCAACCCACACCGCCUCCCUCUCAUCAAACAACACCGACUCAGAAAAAACGUCGUGUUAAUAAAAAAACUGCUGUAAACAAUAUUACGGUAGUUCAAAAUACGACAAAUAACAUGCUAACCUCCUCAAUUGAGGAGUCGACCAUGUCUCAAGUGCAUAAUACCAGUAAUGUACCUUUUUCUUCUUCGACAAGAACUACUUCCAUUAAUGGAAAUAAAAAACGUGCUGCCGAAGAUGCAGAAGAAACUGCAGAAGAAAAGCGUCGCAAAUUCUUGGAAAGGAAUCGCAUCGCUGCUUCAAAAUGCAGACAGAAGAAAAAAGCCUGGGUACAAGAUUUAAAGAAUAAAGCUGAUUCAAUUAUUGCAAAGAACAACCAACUACACGCGUUUGUGAAUGAUCUCAAAGAAGAGAUGUUAGCACUCAAGAAUCAACUUCUCGCGCAUCGAAAUUGUGAUUGCAAUAUUCUUCAAGAAUAUAUUAAAAACGGUGGGCACUCUACAUUUGAAAGAUCUUCAGCUCAAUCUUAUAAUUCUUAA